GGGAGAAUUGGAGGGAGCCGGCUAGUCGGGCGAGGCCGAGGGGAGGCGGAGAGAGGUGGCCUCUGAUUGGUUGGGGAGGGGGAGUGGAGGCACGGAGUUUCCCACAAUGCCCCGGUGCGGUGCAGCGGCGGAUGGAUGCUGCGGGAAGGGGCUGCCAUUUGCUGCCCCUGCCAGCGGCGCGCGGACCUGCCCGCGCUCCCGCCGCCUCCAGCGCCCUCAGCCCGCCCGGCCUUUGCAGCGGCACCGCCUCGGCUUCCUCCGCGGCCGCCGGAGCGGUCGCCAUGAACCCCAGCUCCUCGGCGGGAGAGGAGAAAGGGGCGACGGGCGGCAGCAGCAGUAGCGGAAGCGGCGCCGGGAGCUGCUGCCUAGGCGCCGAGGGCGGUGCGGACCCGCGGGGCGCAGGAGCGGCGGCGGCGGCUGCCCUGGAGGAGCCCGCGGCCGCCGGACAGAAGGAGAAGGAAGAGGCGCUGGAGGAGAAGCUGAGGGACUUAACUUUCCGGAAGCAGGUCUCUUACAGGAAAGCCAUCUCCCGGACAGGCCUCCAGCACCUGGCUCCUGCUCAUCCUCUUGGCCUGCCUAUAGCAAACGGUCCAGCGAAGGAGCCCAGAGCGACUCUGGACUGGAGCGAGAAUGCUGUGAACGGGGAACACCUUUGGCUGGAGACCAACGUCUCAGGCGACCUCUGCUACCUGGGGGAGGAGAGCUGCCAAGUCCGAUUUGCAAAAUCCGCUCUCAGGAGGAAAUGCGCGGUCUGCAAAAUCGUAGUCCACACUGCCUGCAUUGAGCAACUAGAGAAGAUUAAUUUCAGAUGUAAGCCAACAUUUCGGGAAGGAGGCUCCAGGUCACCAAGAGAAAACUUCGUGCGUCAUCACUGGGUCCACAGGCGGCGGCAGGAGGGAAAAUGUAAGCAGUGUGGUAAGGGUUUCCAGCAAAAGUUCUCCUUCCACAGUAAAGAGAUCGUGGCCAUCAGCUGCUCUUGGUGCAAGCAGGCGUUUCACAAUAAGGUGACCUGCUUCAUGCUGCAUCACAUUGAGGAACCCUGCUCCCUGGGGGCUCAUGCUGCUGUUAUUGUCCCACCUACCUGGAUCAUUAAGGUGAAGAAACCUCAGAACUCCCUGAAGGCUUCCAGUCGGAAGAAGAAAAGAACGAGCUUUAAAAGGAAAGCCAGUAAACGAGGAACGGAGCAGGAAAACCGAGGUCGUCCUUUUGUGAUCAAGCCCAUAUCUUCCCCUCUCAUGAAGCCUUUGCUUGUGUUUGUGAACCCAAAGAGUGGAGGCAACCAGGGAACUAAAGUCCUGCAGAUGUUCAUGUGGUACCUGAAUCCUCGGCAAGUCUUUGAUCUUUCUCAGGAAGGGCCAAAAGAUGCGCUGGAGUUGUACAGGAAGGUUCCAAAUCUGCGAAUUCUGGCCUGUGGUGGGGACGGAACGGUGGGCUGGAUCCUCUCCAUCCUUGAUGAGCUGCAGCUGAGCCCACAGCCUCCCGUUGGGGUGCUUCCCCUGGGGACCGGGAAUGACCUGGCUCGGACACUCAACUGGGGAGGGGGCUACACUGAUGAGCCUGUUUCUAAGAUCCUGUGCCAGGUAGAAGAUGGGACCAUUGUACAGUUGGACCGCUGGAACCUCCACGUGGAGAGAAAUCCAGACUUGCCGCCCGAAGAACUUGAAGAUGGCGUGUGUAAGCUUCCUCUGAAUGUCUUCAAUAAUUACUUCAGCCUUGGAUUUGAUGCUCAUGUCACCCUGGAGUUCCAUGAAUCUCGAGAAGCAAAUCCAGAGAAAUUCAAUAGUCGUUUUCGAAAUAAAAUGUUCUAUGCAGGGGCAGCCUUUUCGGAUUUCCUACAGAGAAGUUCUAGAGAUCUAUCCAAACACGUCAAAGUUGUUUGUGAUGGGACAGAUCUCACCCCAAAGAUCCAGGACCUGAAGUUCCAGUGUAUAGUAUUUUUAAAUAUACCCAGAUAUUGUGCUGGCACAAUGCCUUGGGGAAACCCUGGAGAUCACCAUGACUUUGAACCCCAGCGUCACGAUGACGGCUACAUUGAAGUCAUCGGAUUCACCAUGGCCUCGUUGGCUGCCCUGCAAGUUGGGGGCCACGGAGAAAGGCUGCACCAGUGUCGGGAAGUGAUGCUUCUGACUUACAAGUCCAUUCCCAUGCAAGUAGACGGGGAACCAUGUAGGCUGGCGCCCGCCAUGAUUCGGAUCUCCCUGAGGAAUCAGGCCAGCAUGGUACAGAAGAGCAAGCGGAGGACCUCCAUGCCUCUGCUCAAUGACAUCCAUCAGGUGCAAGCUGCGGACCUACGGCGAGUAUCUGCUCCCCCCGGCUCCUUCACCAUUCCCCAGUCUGUCCCAGAUCGCCUGAGGAUCCGAGUGAACAAAAUCAGUUUACAAGACUAUGAAGGACUCCACUAUGAAAAAGAGAAACUCCGGGAAGCUUCCAUCCCGUUGGGUAUUCUAGUUGUUCGUGGAGACUGUGAUUUGGAGACCUGCCGUAUGUACAUAGACCGCCUACAGGAGGACUUGCAGUCAGUUUCUUCUGGGUCACAGAGAGUUCAUUACCAGGACCAAGAAGCCCCCUUCCCCAGGGCGCUGACAGCUCAGAGACUGUCCCCUCGCUGGUGCUUCCUGGAUGCAACUUCUGCUGACCGCUUUUAUCGAAUAGACAGAUCUCAGGAACACUUGCACUUUGUGAUGGAGAUUUCUCAUGAUGAGAUUUUUAUUCUGGACCCAGAUAUGGUGAUGUCACAGCAGGCGGGGACACCUCCAGGGAUGCCUGACCUGGUGGUUGAACAGGCUUCAGGGCUGUCAGACUGGUGGAACCCUGCCCUGAGGAAACGCAUGCUGAGUGACAGUGGACUGGGAAUGGUCACAGCCCACUAUGAGGACUCGGAUAUGAAAGAUUUCAGUCACUCCAGAGUGCUACAGUCACCAGUCUCUUCAGAAGAUCAUGCAAUUUUGCAGGCAGUAAUAACUGGUGAUCUUAUGAAGCUCAUAGAAAGCUAUAAGAAUGGAGGCAGCUUGUUAAUUCAGGGACCAGACCACUGUUCACUCCUUCACUACGCAGCUAAAACUGGCAAUGGGGAGAUUGUGAAGUACAUCCUUGACCAUGGACCUGCAGAAUUAUUGGAUAUGGCAGACAGUGAAACGGGCGAGACUGCACUGCACAAGGCCGCCUGCCAACGGAACCGGGCUGUUUGCCAGCUUCUGGUGGACGCCGGAGCAUCUCUGACACAGACAGACUCCAAGGGGAAGACACCGCAAGAGCGAGCUCAGCAGGCUGGGGACCCAGAUCUGGCUGCUUACUUAGAAAGCCGACAGAACUAUAAGAUCAUUGGCCAUGAGGACCUGGAAACUGCCGUUUGACCCUGGUUGACAGGCAAAAAGAACUCGAGCAAGCGUAUUACCUACGCCCUCCCUGCCACUGGGCAGCUCCCCUGGAAGAAGCUAAUGGAAUCCAUAUCCGCCUCUCUCCUGCAAGGAUCUAUCUGAGACCACACUACCAGGUUUUAAGGGCUACCGGGAUUUACAACAGGACAUGAUAGCCCGUUGAGAAAUAGGCAGGCUACCUGGAGAUUUGUGGAGUACACGUUCCACAAAACUUGAUCCUUAUUGCUUCCAGCAAGUAGCAUGAAUUUCAGUGUUCACCUGUCUAAUUUAUUUUUAAUGAGUCUGAGGAUGUUCACAUAAACGGCACUG